AUGUCGCCAGCUAGCAGCAACACAGACGCAACCACGACUCCCCCGAACGAGCUUGACAACCUCAGCGCUAUUCUCGAGUUCCGCGUCAAGCACGCUUGGCGAGUGAACAAUCAGGGCAAGCACGAGGAGGCGGAGGAAAUGGCCGCCAAACUCCUGAUGGAGCCCGCUCUGAGCUCAGUCCACCAAGGCUGGAUGCAUCUGCUGCUGGCGGGAUCAUCCCACGACUACGUCCACCAUGCCAAUGAGGCGAUCCGUCUGUUCACCGAAGUCCUCGACGAGAACAAGCCCACGGCGACACCUCAUGAGCUGGACUGCAUGACCAAAACGCUUGAGAAAGUGAAGGAUGCCCAGAGACAGGCUCUCAGCGACAAAAGCGCUGCUGACCGAAAGUUUGCUAAGGCACUUGCUGCGGGCAAAACGAUGACUGUUCUCCACGAUGAUCAGAUGAAGGGGCCCCAGAAGUUCGAGGACGACCAUCUCGCUGAGGCUCAGGACUUUGACCAAGGUGGCAACCUCAACGUUGGUGCUGGCGGUAGUGGUGCUGGCGGUAGUGAUGCUGGCAGAGACGGCGGAAACAAAGACUCCCAGGAAGCCAUCUUUCCCGCGUCCAGUCAGAAUGCCCCUGAGACUACCGCUCGCACCUCACAAGGUUCAGCUCUGGGUCGUUCGCAACCAAACGUGGCUAUCGAGAAUGAUGAGUACGAUAUGGGUGAAGACACUGAGCCUCUUCCUCCCAUCUGCAGAUUCGGCGAGGGGAUGAGCUAG